CCUACCUCAGCUCAGUUCCGUGUGAGCGGGCCGGCCGGUGUGUGUGCGCGCACACGCUCGGUGGUUUUUUUUUUUUUUUUGUUUUGCGCACGGAGGCUUUAAGAGCGCAGCGGCUGGAGGCAGACGACAGCAGCAGAGAGACCGGGGAGGCGCUCAGACACAGCAGGGAGGGGAGCCGAGCCGAGAGGAGAGUCGAGAGCAUCAGCUAUGCGUCUCAGCCGGAUGAACCAUCACCGACGAAGCCGCGGACCCGGCUCUGUGCUGGGCACCCCGAGCUAGGGCGCAUGGACUUGUGCCACACGGCUCUAACUUGUCCUCCAUAGACUCUCAUUUUUAUAUGCACAUUUAGAUUUAAAUAUACCCUGCCCCCCCACUCCGACCCCCCCCCCAGCCCCCAUUAUUUCCAGUGCAACCAUGGUACUGGGCAAAGUGAGGGCCUUGGCGAUCUUCUUUGACAGUUUGAAUGAGAACAGCCUGCCCGUUUUCUCCGGCGGAGAGCUGGUGUCGGGGCGGGUGGUCGUAGAGGUAACCGGGGGUGUGCGGGUGAAGAGUCUGGACAUGACCGCGAGGGGAGUCGCCAAGGUCCGCUGGACAGAGUCGAGGAACGCCGGGGCCAACACGGCUUACACUCAGAACUACACCGAGGAGGUGGAAUACUUGCACCACUGCGACACAUUGAUAGGAGAGGAGCGAGAUGAGGACUGUCAUGAGGAAGGUCUGACCAUUCUGCACGCCGGCCUGCACGAGUUCGCUUUCAGCUUCAAUCUGCCUCAGAUGGCCCUGGCCACGUCCUUUGAGGGGAAGCACGGCAGCGUGAGGUACUGGGUGAGAGCUGAACUGCACCGUCCAUGGCUGCUCCCUGUCAAAGUGAAGAAGGAGUUCAUCGUGUUCGAACACAUCGACAUCAACACCCCGCUGCUGCUGGCCCCUCAGGCUGGUUCUAAGGAGAAGACUCUGUGCUGCUGGUUCUGUGCCUCAGGCCCAAUCUCCCUUAGUGCCAAGAUCGAGCGAAAGGGCUACACACCAGGCGAGUCCAUCCAAAUCUUCGCCGAGGUGGAGAACUGCUCGUCCCGGGUGGUGGUGCCCAAGGCUGCGCUCUACCAAACCCAGACCUUCUUCGCCAAGGGCAAGGGCAAGCAGAUCCAGCAGCUGGUGUCCAAUCUGCGCGGAGACCCCCUGCUGCAGGGCAAGAGCCAGAGCUGGGAGGGGAAACUGCUCAAAAUACCCCCGGUGUCCCCCUCCAUCCUGGACUGUCCCAUCAUCAGAGUGGAGUACGCCCUCGUGGUGUAUGUGGACGUGCCCGGGGGGCUGAACUUGUCUCUCUCACUGCCGUUGGUGAUCGGGACCAUACCUCUCCACGCCAGCAGCAGCCGCACCUCCAGCAUCAGCAGCAACUGCAGCACUUUGACCUGGCUGGGCCUGCCGGCGACGCCCGAGGCACCACCAAGCUACGGCGAUCUGGCAAUAUCAGAUUCCCACAGGCGGGAUUGUCUGCAGGGCUGUGACGGGUCGUACGGGGAGGGAGAGGACCAGGGAUCUCUGCUAACAUACAUCACCGAGUUCAGAUAUCUUCCCCCGCCAGUCUACUCUGAGGUUGACCCUUACCCCGACCCCGUGGAGGUGUGCGGGGCCGCGGGUGUCAGGAGACCCGACACGUGUCCGUCCCGCUGAGGGAGCUCAGAGAAGCGUCUGCACAAACAAGACACCGUCACCCUCGGCACCCGCGUCCCACACAGCCAGCGCCUCGCCAGAUGACACAUCACGAUGAACGAGGCGAGACCCUCCCUGACACGGCAGUGUCAGCUGAGAGAGCAUUGGGUGACCGCUGACGAAAGGGACCAGGGAUCUGGAGCCACGCUGGAUUCCUCUAUAUCCUGCGCUCAAGAAGAGUCCAAAAAAAAAGAAAAAGAAAAGAAGAGAAAAAGUUUUGUCUGACACCACUGUAUGACUCGGUCAGAGGAAGCCUUGUCCCGCCUCACGGUGAAUUUUGCACAUAACCGUAUGACUGUUUUUUUUCUUUUGGUUCUAUUUCCUGCAGAUUCCCACGGGCCCAUGUGCUACAGCAGAAUCUGUCCGCGGAUCUGAACAAUAUUGUACUUGUUGAUCUUAGUGGCACAUUUCUACGACAGGACAAAAGCUUUUUUCAGCCAAAUAAUAGUUUGAACUUAUGACCAUGGCCUGAAGGUGUCACCGUCGCUAACCAGCGGAGACUCAAGAUAGAAGAAAACCUAAACUACCACCUUGAGCACUUCAAAUAAAGCUCAAAUUAUGUGUGAAUGAGAGAGAGAGUGUGUGUGUGUGUGUGUGUGUGUGUGCGUGUGUGUGUGAGUGUGUGUAAUGGUUUCAUUGUCCAGGUAAGAAUGCAGACAGGCCCGAGACAAAAAGCACAACUUCGACCAACCACGAUUGAGUACCACAAGUUGCCUGUUGGUUUCUGCUCUGAGCUUGUUUUUUCCUAACACAGACGUUCAGAAGCUUUGUCCAUCCUAAAAAAACAAUGGCAAAGCACGAAAGAUAAAUGUUUACAUACGAAUAUAUCAAAUUGAGAAUGUGGUUCCAACACGACUUCUUCCAACUGAAUUCAAAAGUUCCAAGUGCAAUAUAUUUUUGUAUUUGUGUGUGUGUGUGUGUGGGGGGGGGGGGG